GAGAAAGAAGUCACAAGUUGAUUAAACCUAUGAGUAGGUUCAUUGAAUGUGGUCACAGCAAGUUGUCUAGCAUCUACAAAGUUUGACGGUGUCCAAAAAAUAUUGUUGUUUUCCUCUUCUAAGGACUGGAUUGGUUCAAACCCUGAACAAUUUUUUUCUACGAUUAUUUUUAAAUCAGCUCACCGAUUCAUUGUUUUUUUUUUUUCGUUUAAUUAACGCGUGGACAAAUGUUCUUCUAAUUUCGCUUUAUCCGUUUUACAGAUCUGUGAGUAUUAUAAUAUUUCGAUUCGGGUAGUUUUCAAGCUCAUUAAAAGGUGGUUCCACUAAGCAAGUUUUCGAUCCAAGUUUGGCCCAAGUGCGUGGUUACAAAUGAGUCACGUUUACUCUCGACAAGUUGUCAAGUUGUUUCUGAUUAUACCAACCUUCGUAAAAAAGUCAUUUUUAUAUUUUCAAUCUACCACUUAUUGGUUAGUUUUUUUUGAAUAUUAAUACUGUUGAAAGGUUAUAGAAAAAAUAUUGCCAGUUAAAUACUGAUAUAGUACACUGAGAGAAAAAGAAAACAUUAUCAACGUUAAAAAUGUCAUCGCGAAAAAAAGUUCUGCUCAAAGUCAUUAUUCUUGGAGACUCUGGUGUAGGCAAAACCUCACUUAUGAACCAGUACGUUAAUAAAAAAUUUAGCAAUCAAUAUAAAGCUACAAUUGGAGCGGACUUUUUAACAAAAGAAGUUAUGGUUGAUGAUAGAAUGGUUACCAUGCAGAUUUGGGAUACUGCAGGACAAGAACGAUUCCAAAGUCUGGGAGUUGCUUUCUAUAGGGGAGCUGACUGUUGCGUUCUCGUAUUCGACGUUGCUGCGCCUGCUUCAUUUAAGUCAUUGGACUCAUGGCGAGAUGAAUUUUUAAUUCAGGCAUCACCAAGAGAUCCUGAUAAUUUUCCUUUUGUGGUGCUGGGUAACAAAGUUGAUCUUGAAAAUAGAGCUGUUUCAAGUAAGAGAGCCCAGCAGUGGUGCCAGUCGAAAAAUAACAUUCCUUACUUUGAAACAAGUGCGAAAGAAGCUAUUAAUGUUGAACAAGCGUUCCAAACGAUAGCAAAAAAUGCCUUAGCUCAGGAAAGUGAGGUGGAACUUUAUAACGAAUUCCCAGACCAAAUAAAACUUAACAAUCAGCAAGGAACAUCGGCAAAAAGUGACUCAUGUACCUGCUAACAAUAUUGAGCUGGUUCCUAUUAAUUAUAUAUUCACAUACAAAUAAUCAUGUGUGGUACGAAAAAAAGAUAUUAGAUGCUUCGACAAUCUUUUGUCAAAAGUUGGUUGAUAAAAAAUUGACAUCGUGUUGAAUGAUUUCAAUAUAACAUUUGUUAUUAAAAUAAAACAUCAUAAAUAAAUUAAAAGAAAAUAAUUUAAAAAAAUUUAUUCACAGUCAAGUGAAAAGUUGAUUUCGAUGUAGCCUAAGAUUUUAUUGUAAAAGUAACAUAAUGAAUAAAAUAAAGUUCAGUAAGUUA